UGACCGCGCAUCAUUUUCUGAGUUAUCUUCUUAACUCAGAGGCCGUAUAUAAAGACGCGAGCACAUCCUCAGCGCCAGUGCAGGUCUCAACUUCUUCAGCAAAAGGACAUCAUGGCUUCUAAACUGUUCCUCGUCGCUGCUCUUAUCGCCGCUGUGGCCUCCGCUUCUCCGGUGACUUACAGCGUUGUGCCUGUCGAACGAGGCGUCGUAGGCCCCGCCGUUACAUAUGCCUCUUCUCCUAACUACGUCUACACAUCUCCCAUCGCCAGGUACUCCGACGCUGUCGAGAAUUACGCCUCUGCCCCCGUCCGUACCAUCGUGUCCCCCACUGUGAUCGCUACCAAAACCCCUGUGGUCACUCAGGCAGCCGUCGACCCCCAGUAUGAUCCCAACCCGCAAUACACCUACUCCUACAGUAUUAACGACGCAGACACUGGCGACUCCAAGAGUCACGAGGAGUCAAGAAGUGGAGACAACGUUCAGGGUAGCUACAGUGUCGUUGAGUCCGACGGCAGCAUCCGUAGAGUGGACUACACUGCCGAUGCCGAUAACGGGUUUAAUGCCGUCGUGCAUCGUCAAACCGGAGCCGCCGCUCCACCACCGGUGCCAGUGAAGUCGUACGCACCUGCGCCAGCUGCCUCAGCCAUCGGUAGAAUUGCGUCCCCGGCCCCAGCACCAGUUCUGGCAUUGAAAUCCAUCCCUGAAUUGGCUUACCAGACCCUGCCUGCAGUAAGUUACAAAUCCGCACCAGCUCUGGCUUUGAAGACCUUCCCUCAAGUGCCAUACCAGUCCAUCCCUGAGGUGAGAUACAAAUCCGCACCAGGCCUGACUCUGAAAUCCAGCCCUGAAGUGACGUACCAGACCGUGCCAGCUGUUCGCUACGCCGUCCCAGUGCCCCAGCAACUGUUACCGUCAGGAUCUCUGACGUACUUGUCCGGCAGCCAGCCCGUAGCCAGGCCCAGCGACGUCCGCACUUCUUUCAGCGCACCUUUCGUCAACUAUGAAUAUUGAAAUGUAUGAAACGUGUCUAUACUAUAAACUCAAGCUUGACAACGCUUUUUCUGUACUUCGUACUAACAAUUUCGGUAAUAAAAUGCAGUGAUUGAAUGAA